AUGGCGGGAGCACAGCCGCAGCUCGACGUGGCCAUCAUCGGCGGCGGCGUGGUCGGGCUGAUCAUGGCCAUGGGGCUGAUGAAGCGCGGGAUCCGCGUCGUCAUCUACGAGCAGUCGCGCGAGUUCCGCGAGAUCGGCGCCGGCAUCGCCUUCACGGCCAACGCCAUCAAGUGCAUGUCGCUGCUGGACCCGGCCAUCGUGGCCGCCGUCGACGCGGUGGCCACGCCCAAUGGCGAGGACGCCGACAAGCCCAACGACUACGUGCGCUUCCACGACGGCUACCGCUGGGACCCGGCCGACGCCGCCGACACCGAGGACAAGCUGCUCGGCCUGCUGCACACGGGCUACAAGGGCUUCCAGGGCUGCCACCGCGCCCACCUGCUCGACGAGCUUGUCAAGUCGAUCCCCCCCAGCGCCGUCGCGUUCUGCAAGCGCUUCGUCGGGCACACGGACCCCGGCCCGGGCGAGAAGCUGGUGCUGCAGUUCGCCGACGGCACGACGGCCCAGGCGGACGCAGUGAUCGGCUGCGACGGCAUCAAGUCUAAGGUGCGGCAGGUGCUCCUGGGCGCGGACAGCCCAGCCUCGUACCCGCACUUCUCGCACAAGGUCGCGUACCGCGCCCUCGUGCCCAUGGCGGCCGCCGAAGCAGCGCUCGGCACCUUCAAGGCGCGCAACCAGCACAUGCACACGGGGCCGGGGGCGCACCUGCUGCACUUUCCGGUGGCGGGCGGCACGCUGCUCAACGUGGUGGCCUUCGUGGCCGACGCCGAGCCGUGGCCGCUGACCGACGCCCACGCCCAGCGCAACAUGACGGCCGACGCGACGCGCGGCGACCUCGAGGCCGUGUUCGCGGGGUGGUGUCCGACGGUCCGGCACGUCGUGGCGCUGCUGCCGGACAUGCUGAGCAAGUGGGCGCUGUUCGACACGCACGACCACCCGGCGCCGACGUACGUGUGCCAGCGCGUGUGCGUGGCCGGCGACGCGGCGCACGCGUCGUCGCCGCACCACGGCGGCGGCGCCGGCAUCGGCGUCGAGGACGCCUUGGCGCUGUGCACGCUGCUGGAGAUGGCGACCGGGGCGGCGGCGGCGGCGAGCCAGGCUGACAUGACGGCGCUGGUCGAGCGCGCGUUUGCCGUCUACGACGUGGUGCGCCGGCCGCGCAGCCAGUGGCUCGUGGCCAGCAGCCGCGAGGUCUGCGACAUCUACGAGUGGAGCUACCCGCCGACCAUGGCCGACUGGGACAAGUGCAUGGCCGAGAUCACGGCGCGCUCGCACCGGCUGUGGUACUUUGACAUUGACGGCAUGCUGGCGGAGCUGCGCGCCGGCUUUGACGGCGAGGCUUCUCCAAAUCCAAGUCCAACCCUAGUCCAAAUCCAAGUCCAACCCCUAGUCCAAAUCCAAGUCCAACCCUAG